AUGGGAAAGGCCUCUAGUCCUGCACAUUCUUUUGCGGAGGACUCAUUGCCUGCUGGAGAGGAAGCAGGAGAAAUAAUGGGUUCGUCCCUGGAGUCCUGCUGGACCUCACCAAGAGUAAUCCUCCUAGUUUGGCAAGUGGUGGAGCCGCGCAGCCGACAGGUGGGGACGCUGCACAAGUCGCUGGUUCGCGCUGAGGCGGCUGCACUGAGUCCACAGUGCCGCGAGGCGAGCGGCCUCAGCGCAGACAGCCUAGCGCGGGCGGAGUCCCUGGACAAGGUGCUGCAGCAGUUCUCACAGCUGGUGAGCAGGGAUGUGGCUCUGCUGGGCGGGGGCCCCCAUAUGCUCUGCACUGAUGGGCAGCAGCUGUUGCGACAGGUUCUGCACCCUGAGGCCUCCAGGAAGAACCUGGUGCUCCCGGACACCUUCUUCUCCUUCUACGACCUCCGCAGAGAGUUCCAUAUGCAGCACCCAAACACCUGCCCCGCCAGGGACCUCACAGUGGGCACCAUGGCACAGGACUUGGGACUAGAAACAGAUGCAACAGAAGAUGACUUUGGCGUCUGGGAAGUGAAGACUAUGGUAGCUGUUAUUCUCCACCUACUUGAAGGGCCCAAUGGUCAGUUGUUUUCGAAGCCAGAGGUGGUAAAGCAGAAAUAUGAAACAGGGCCUUGCAGCAAGGCUGAUGUGGUGGACAAUGAGACUGUAGUACGGGCCCGUGGGUUGCCCUGGCAGUCAUCAGACCAGGAUGUGGCUCGAUUCUUCAAAGGGCUCAACAUUGCCAGGGGUGGUGUAGCACUCUGUCUCAACGCCCAGGGCCGCAGAAAUGGCGAGGCCCUCAUCCGAUUCGAGGACAGCGAGCAGCGGGACCUAGCGCUGCAGAGACACAAGCACCACAUGGGUGUCCGCUAUAUUGAGGUAUACAAAGCCACAGGGGAGGAAUUUGUGAAGAUCGCGGGGGGUACAUCACUAGAGGUGGCUCGUUUCCUGUCCCGGGAAGAUCAAGUGAUCCUGAGGCUGCGGGGACUCCCUUUUUCAGCUGGGCCAACAGAUGUUCUAGGCUUCCUGGGGCCAGAGUGCCCAGUGACUGGGGGAGCUGAUGGGCUGCUCUUUGUACGCCACCCUGAUGGCAGGCCAACUGGAGAUGCCUUUGCUCUCUUUGCCUGUGAGGAACAGGCACAGGCUGCUCUGCGCAGGCACAAAGGCAUGCUGGGUAAGCGAUACAUUGAACUCUUCAGGAGCACUGCAGCUGAGGUGCAGCAGGUCCUAAACCGCUAUGCAACCAGUCCACUCCUUCCCACACUGACUGCUCCGUUGCUGCCCAUUCCCUUUCCACUGGCAGGAGGGACUGGGAGGGACUGUGUACGCCUUCGAGGCCUGCCUUACACAGCCACCAUUGAAGACAUUCUGAGUUUUCUAGGAGAAGCAGCAGCUGAUAUUCGACCUCAUGGUGUGCAUAUGGUGCUCAACCAGCAGGGCCGGCCAUCUGGUGAUGCCUUCAUCCAGAUGAUGUCAUCCGAGCGUGCUCUGGCUGCUGCCCAGCGUUGCCACAAGAAGGUGAUGAAAGAACGCUAUGUGGAAGUAGUCCCUUGUUCCACAGAGGAGAUGAGCCGUGUGCUGAUGGGGGGUUCCUUGAGCCGAAGUGGCAUGUCCCCUCCACCCUGCAAACUACCCUGCCUCUCCCCACCUACCUAUGCCACCUUCCAAGCCACCCCAGCCCUCAUUCCCACAGAGACGACAGCACUAUAUCCUUCAUCUGCACUGCUUCCAACUGCCAGGGUACCUGCUACCCCUGCUCCUCUUGCCUACUACCCAGGGCCAGCCACUCAACUGUACAUGAACUACACAGCCUACUACCCCAGCCCCCCAGUCUCUCCCACUACUGUGGGCUACCUCACCACACCUCCUACUGCCUUGGCCUCUACUCCCACCUCAAUGCUGUCACAGCCAGGAGCUCUGGUUCGAAUGCAGGGGGUCCCAUAUACAGCUGGUAUGAAGGAUCUCCUUAGUGUCUUCCAAGCUUACCAGCUGGCUCCUGAUGACUACACCACUCUAAUGCCUAUUGGUGACCCACCUCGCACUGUGUUACAAGCCCCCAAGGAGUGGGUGUGUUUGUAGACGAGGAAACCAGGAAGCAGACUGAGCUGAUAUCCUCAGCUAACAAGCCUUUCCUGUGUCCAGAGCACCCUCAAUCCAGUGGCUUCUUUCUGGCUUGUCAAAGCUCUCAAAGGCACCUGGAAAAGAUCAAGCUCAGCACCACUCUCCUUCCUCCCAUAUACCCUGUUUCUCUGCCUGCUUAUCCUAAAGAUGAUGGCUACCUUACAGGCAGGACUGGGGUUAUAAUGAGGUUGCUCUAUUUCUGAAGGUAUGACACCCAGGAAGCCUUUGAUGUGUCCUUAGCCCUCAAAGGGUGCACAGCAGGCCUGCGUUGAUAUUUAUGACUCUUGGGAGAAUUAAGAGUCCACCUGAUUCUGAGACCCCCAACUCUCUACUUUCCCUAUCCUUCUGGGAGGAAGGAAGGCAGCAAGUCAGCAUCCAUUCUCAGGAUACCUGGACCUCAGAAACAAAGCGUCAGGAGUGGCCACAAAUAAGUCCUCUCCAGCCAAACUCAAGGAGCUUCGGAUGGCAAAACCAGCUGGAUGAGAUAGUUCAUGCCUAUAACCCAGCACUCAGGAAGAAGAGGGAGGAGGACUCCCUCAAGUUCAAAUCCAGUCUAAUCUACAUAGUCAAUUUUAGUCAAGCCAAGGCUAACCUAAGCUAUUCUAGAUUGUGCUGCUGCAAUAUCCCCAGAGAACACCAGAGGGCAGGUAGCACUCAGGCUGAACUUAAGGGGACUUUGUCAAUGUUUUCUUGUUUUCUUGCAACACCUUGGAAGACCUCAGCAAACACUGUGGCAUGUCCUUUGCACCCAUUAAAGGAUGCAGAACUGGUCCCAGAAGAAAUUUUGACCUCUAUCUUCUCCGUAAGUUCCUGACCAUGUGGACUUUUAAGAAGCCACAGAGUUCUUAGCUCUGGCCCAAAGGUUUCCACACCAGCCCCAGAUGGAGAAAAACUCAGAUUUCAAGGAUACUAUUGAUCGUCACUGUUUAUUAUUUCAGCACUGUAACUGAGGAGGAGCCUGAACUGCUGGCUCAUCUUCCCUUUGUAUUUGUGUAAGGAGCACUGCACUCCUAUAAAAGAUUUUAAAAUAUAAAAUGUACAAGAAAACACAA